AAUUCUCCUCCAAAACAUUAAAAAUAUGAUGCAGGAUAACUUGCAAGUCCCAAAAACUAGGGAAAAGAUGGUCACGUUUUCAGUGGGUGUUGGCUCGGCUGUGUUUGCAUUGCUCUCUUACGCUUGUAGCUCCACCUUCCAGCACCUCUUUGGAGAGUUGAAUUCCUGGUGGAAGAUCAUUGUCUAUACCAUUUUCAGUUUGAUCACUUUAGUCGCGGUGGUGGUGCUUUCCAUGUUGACUACUGUGCCAGACGUGCCACGUUUUGGCGACUAUGCAGGUCUCGUGAAAUUUUUUGUUUUAGUCCUUGGCUCCCUCUACUCCUUCUUCGUCCACAGACCCAACGAAGAAGAAGGUGGUGGUUUUGCCUUAGCUUCCUAUAUUGCCUUUGUUAUAACGUGGCUUUGCUGUGGAUUAGAGGUGGUCAUGUGCUUUUUCUUGCAAAUUACGUUUCUACAACUGAUGAAGAUACAUUGGGUGUUAGGUGCGAUUGCGAUGGGUAUCAGUUCCGUCCUGAUCGAAGGUCCACCACAAAAAUAUCUCGUACAUAGAGAGGGUAACAGAGAAAAGGUGGUGAGGUUGGUGCUUGCUUUCCUUCCGGUUGAAUCAUGGUGUUACGUCCUUGUACAAUCUUUCCACGACGAUGCUAUAUUCAGGGACGACGACGAAUUCAGGAACUACAUCCUGAAAGUCUUCAAGAUCAUGGUUCCCCUUGGGUACUGCUACCUUCUUUCUGUUCCAUAUUUCUUAACGAGGAUGUUAGGUAUAUGGAAAUUUUCAAGGCUACCUGUUUUCUUGGAAGACUAUAUGAGAUUUAUCAUGUCACUCGUGAUCAUGUAUCACAUUUAUUGGGAGGGAAUUUCAGACUUUUGGGUUAUAUACGGUUUGUAUAUUUUUUUUGUUACUUUAACGAACGUGGCAAUUGGGAGGCGCAUCUUUAUAUUUUUAGAGUUAGGAAUGAUCUAUGUCGAGCUGGUUCUACCAAUUUCAUUCGCGGGACUACCAAUAAGGAACCAGUUAUUAUUACUAGGCUUCUCGUUUAUAGGAUUUGUUUGUUCCGUACUUAUUAUUACUUACCUUACCCUUAAAUAUGGAAAGAAUGAUCCUGUAAUCCAAGAAAGGUCUCAAGAUCCUCGUCCUGCUCAUGGCGUGGCUCCUAAUACAGCAAGCCAAAGUCGUGAGACUAGUAGCUCUUCACCAUAUGUUGGUGUUGGCCUUGAGAAUCUUGGAAACACAUGCUUCAUGAAUGUGAUCUUGCAGUGUUUCACUCACACUGUGCCAUUUAUUCAAGAACUUCGUUCUUUCUACCAGCACACCCCUUGUAGUAAUAACGACAAGGGUUUGUGUGUUUUUUGGGCACUAUGCGAGAUCAUUGAUGCUUUAUUAUUAAAUAGUUCGGGAGCACCUGUUCAUCCUGAGAAGCUUGCUAACAAUUUGAGUUAUUUUUCGGCAGAUUUUGUAAAGGGCCGGCAGUGUGAUGCUCAUGAAUUCAUGCAAUGUGCCUUAGAUAAGCUGAAGGAAUGUUUCCCAGAUGGGGAAGAUAAUCCUGUUGACAAAAUCUUUAGUGGUGAAAUUGUUAGCAAGUUCUCGUAUUCUGGCUGUGACCACGACCAACCUCCUUCUUAUACUACACCGGAGCCACUGAACCUAAUGUUAGACAUGGACGGUGUUAAAAGUGUUGAGAAGGCACUUGAAUCAUUCUUCAAGGUGGAUAAAACUGAGCAAAUUACAUGUGAUACAUGUGGGAUACAAGUGUCCAGGAGGCAGCAAAUUUUUCUGAACAAAACACCUAAGAUUGCAGCAUUAAAAUUGAAUAGGAUUAAGAAAGAUGAAUAUGUUGAUUUCCCAAUGGAUUUGGAUCUGAAGCCUUAUUAUACCAAUAAGGAUCCCAAUGAAAAUGUAAUAUUGACAUAUUAUCUAUAUGCAGUUGUUGUGCACUCUGGAGAAAACCUAAAUUCAGGGCAUUACUAUUGCUUUGUCCGCACCUCUGAAAACAAUUGGUGCAAGUAUGAUGACUCGAAGGCUACUGAAGCCUCUGAAAGUGAAGUUGUUGGAGAGGAAGCAUACAUAUUGUUCUAUGCACAGCAGGGUACACCAUGGUUUGUGAAUUCAAUGUCGGUUUUGAAGGACACUAGAAUGGAUGAGAAUGCUGAAGUAGGGAUGUCAAUUUCCUCCGACCAAAGAGAUAUCCGUAAAAAUUUACUGACCAGGACACAGAAAUCGGGGGACAUAUCCUCUCCGCGGAAGAGGCGGCCACACAUACCCAUUUAGUUUUAAAGAAUGUUAUUAAAUUAUUAAAAUAAAAAUUUAAAUUAAUAAUUAAAUAAUAAUAAAAAAUAAUAAAUUCUGUUGGCCUUUAAUACUUCUGUAUAGUUUUUUUUUUCUCUGUUCGGCAUACUUUCUGGAAGAUCGUAAUACCUUAAUUACUGUGCAUACAUAGACACUAUCUACUCUACUCUAGUGUGUUUGUUUGCUCUCUUUUAAU